AUGUCAUUCGCGUUACUUCUGUUACCUACUCCAGCAUUCGCGUUCUGCAGGGGCGAAACUCCCACCGGCGGCGCAUUCGCGUACCGUUUCCCCUCGCGCGCCCCGUCGGCAAACACACCACACCCUCCGCCAGCUCUUCCCGUGCGCCCGGUCGACGGGAGGGGAAGGGUUGGCCGCCGAGGCGUGUCCUUCUUCGCGCACCCUCGCCAGCUCCCCCUCCCAUCGCCACCCAGUGGAGUUUCCGCUCCCCGUCGCCUCUCCUCCCGUCGCCUCUCCUCCCCGUCGACACUCCCCCCCGUUCCCCACUUGAUGUCUUCCUUUCUAUCAUUCCUCCUCCAUCCCUUUCCCCCCUCCUCCCUUCCUCCCCGCCUUCCCUUCUUUCCUUCCUCCAAUUCUCCCUUACCUCCCUCGCUUGCUUCCUUACACCCCGCCUCCCGUCCUCCCUUCCCCCUUUCCUCCCUUGCCCCCAUUCUUCCUUUCUUCCGUUCCUCCCUUCCCCCCUUCCUCCCUUCCUCCCUUCCUCCCUUCCUCCCUUCCCCGCUUCCUCCCUUUCCCCUUUCCGUCACCUCAGGCUCCCUUUCCCCUCCCUUUCCCCUCCCUUUUAUUUACGUUGCCCAUUCGCAGAUCACUUACAUCCCCUAUCAUUCCGUGCAACAUCUUUCCUCCACGUCGCCGCACACCCUUCUCCCCACGGUCGCACGCUCUCCUUCCACGCAUAGACACUCCACAUGCUGCUUUCUCAUCCCUCCUUUUGCGAAACACUAUCACUUCUGCAGUACAAUUAGGCAAGGCGGCAUUGAAGAUAGUAUGGGAGAGACGACGAGAACGAGCGAGUCGGAGUUCCUCUACUCCCCCCUUCCCCGUGCUGACGCCCGACCCCAAGGCGGCGCUGAAGUUAGUAUCGAAGACGACGAUGAGAGCGAGCGAGUCGGAGUUCCUCUACUCGCUCUCCAACUACUGCAGCCUGCAGCCUUCUGCCUGCGGCGCUGA